AUGCCAAAGUUCGUCCCAAGACAGAGGAAGCACAAGGUGCUUGCCCGAGAGAGGGCCAAGGAGAACGGUGUCAUCCCCCAGGACACCAACACGGAUGAGAUUCUCCCUGAGGAUCAGAAGCGCAUUCAGGAGAAGAGGGCUCAGCUCAAGGCCGAGUUGCAGGGAGACGGAGCUAAGGUUAGCGGCAAGAAGGCAAAGCGCCUGGAAAAGUACAUCACGAACAAGCUCCGCAAAGAUGAAAACCGAGAAAUCCUCGCCAAACUCGCACAGCAAAAGGUCGACACCAGUCUGUUCUCGAGUACCAAAACUCUCGGCCAGGGCAAGGAGACAAAACGGCAAGCUCUGAUUCGUACGCUCAGGGAGAAGAACGCGGGGUUGGAUAUCGACCCGGAUGCGGAGGAGCUUCUUUAUGAGGAGAGAGAGGAUGCGCCUGAGCAGGAUUCCGACGAGAAGGAUGAAUGGGGUGGUAUCAGCGACGAUGAAGGCAAGGAUGACCAGGCACCAAGCGACGACGACGAGGCUUCUGAAGAGGAAUCCGAAGACUCAAGCGAAGGAUCCGAGGAAUCAGACGACGACGACGACGACGAAGAUGAAGACGACGACGAAGAAGGCGAUUCGGGGAGCAACAGACAGUCUGCGUUCAAGGCCUGGGCACAUGCUCAAAGGAAUCAGGCGUUGGGCUACCAACCAGUAACGCCGUCUUCCACUGCUCUCGAUAUUCCUAGACCGGAGAACUUUCAACCACGACCUCUUGAGCAGGAACCUUUACCACAGGAACUCCAGCCGACGACAAAUCUUGCGCGCAAAGCGUACGCUGUCCAAGUGAAUAGGACACCGGAGAUUCAAGAAGCGCGCAUGAAACUGCCGGUCGUUGCCGAGGAACAGAGAAUCAUGGAGAUGAUCCACAAUAACGAUAUUGUGGUUGUCUGCGGUGCCACUGGUUCCGGUAAGACAACUCAGGUGCCGCAGUUCUUGUAUGAGGCUGGCUAUGGUACUCCUGGCUCUGCCACCCCGGGCAUGAUCGGUGUCACACAGCCUCGUCGAGUUGCCGCCGUGAGCAUGUCUAAGCGUGUUGGACAGGAAUUGGGAGAUCACUCGGACAGAGUCGGAUACCAGAUCCGAUUUGAGGGCACAACGUCAGCCAAGACAGCCGUUAAGUUCAUGACGGACGGUGUGUUGCUGCGGGAGAUGGCGCAGGACUUCUCGCUCAAGAAAUACUCGGCAAUCAUCAUCGACGAAGCUCACGAGAGAAGCGUCAACACGGAUAUCCUAGUUGGUAUGCUGAGUCGUAUCAACAACAUCCGCAAGGGUGACGACAAGGUCGACCCUUCAAUCAAGCCACUCAAGAUCAUCAUCAUGUCUGCAACGUUGAGAGUCGAGGACAUGACCAACAACACCACACUAUUCCCCACGCCGCCACCUGUGGUCGAGGUUGAAGGACGACAGCAUCCCGUCACAAUCCACUUUGCCCGGCACACGCAGGCUGACUACGUUGACGAAGCUUUCAACAAGAUCAUGCGCGGUCACAAGAAGCUGCCGCCAGGUGGCUUCCUAGUUUUCCUCACGGGUCAAAACGAGAUUAGACACCUGAGCAAGCGACUGACUGAAGCGUUUGGCGGCUUCACUGGAGCGAGCGCUCCCAAGGUUCAAAUCUCAGCCACUGAUGCGCCAAUCGAGGUUGAAGAUAUUGACUUUGGCGAGGUGGACGAUGCGGAUGCUGCCGACUUUGAUGACGGACUGGACGAGGAUGACGACAACGAGCACGAGGAUGACAAGGAAUUCGAGAUUGAAGGAGAGGAGGGCGAGACGGGGCCCCUGAAGAUGCAGGUCUUGCCCCUUUACUCUCUGCUGCCCACCAGGGAACAGAUGAGAGUCUUUGAUGAUCCCCCAGAAAACCACCGUCAAGUCAUCCUGGCGACCAACGUCGCAGAAACCAGUUUGACGAUCCCGGGCAUUCGGUACGUCUUCGACUGUGGCCGUUCCAAGGAACGCCAGUACGACCGCCUUAGCGGAGUACAAACGUACGAGAUCGGCUGGAUCAGCAAGGCCAGCGCCAGCCAGCGAGCCGGUCGUGCCGGUCGUACAGGUCCAGGUCACUGCUACAGACUCUACUCCUCCGCCGUCUACGAGAGAGACCUACCCGAGUUCACAGACCCCGAGAUUCUGCGGAUGCCUGUCGACGGAGUCGUGCUCCAGCUCAAGGCCAUGAACCUCUCCAACGUCGUCAACUUCCCCUUUCCGACACCGCCGAACCGCAUGGGCCUGCACCAGGCGGAGAAGCUCCUUACCUACCUCUCCGCCAUUACGCCGGAGGGUCAAAUCACGAAGAUUGGAUCAACCAUGUCCAUCUUCCCGCUCUCGCCCCGCUUCGCCCGCAUUCUCCUUGUCGGCCACCAACACGACUGUCUGCAGUACACAAUCAUGAUGGUCGCAGCGCUCUCUGCAGCCGAGAUCUUCGUCCCAGAACACCAAGCGAUCCCCUCGCUCGCGGCGCGCGACGAGUCCGAGUUCCGCUCCAACGCCGACGUCAUCGCCGAAGACCGCCAGGCCAACAUCCGACGCCUGUUCAACGCCGCGCACAAGAACUUUUGCUACCUGGACGACCGGUCAGACGCCAUCAAGCUGCUCCAGGUCGUCGGUGAGUACGCGCACGACCCGACCGAGAAGUGGUGCGAGGAUCACUUUGUGCGGUUCAAGGUCAUGAAGGAAAUCACGCAGCUGCGCCAGCAGAUCACCGAGCUCCUUCGGGCCAACAUCCCGGCGUUCAAGAACCUCAAGUACCAGGACCGGCUGGAUGCGCCCUCGGACAAGCAGGUCGCUUAUCUCAAGCAGAUGGUGGCUGCGGGCUUCAUCGACCACGUCGCCCUCCGCGCCGACAAGUCUCCGGUACCGCCCGAGUUGGCGCGCAAGCCCCGCCGCGCCAUUGACGUGCCGUACAUACCGCUCGUGCCGCUCGGCGUGGGCCACGACGCGGAGAAGUUCGUCUAUAUCCACCCGACCUCGCCGCUCUCCCACCUCAGCCCGCAAGAGUGCCCCGAGUUUGUGGUGUACUCGCACCUGCAACGGGCGACGCAGGGCGCGGACCCGAACAAGGCACCCAAGACGAGGAUGCAGUCGCUGACGGACGUCACGGGCGGGCAGCUAGCCAGCUUGGCCAAGGGGACGCCGCUGGUGAGCUACGGCAAGCCGGUGAAGGAGAUUUCUUCGACGGCGAACACACGUGAGGUCUGGGUUGUGCCGUAUCUGAGGGCCGAGGGCGUCGGUGGCCAGGGAUGGCCAUUGCCGAUGAAGAAGGUUACGCAGCGCAAGGUUGCUGGAAAAGGAUGGGUCGUUGAAUAA